UCUCUCCGGUACCGCGGCGGUAUCUGCUCUGCACCCGACCAAGUCUGCAAAUCACCGGGCACGGCGAUAGAGCUGCACUGACAAGCGACAGGAGGUGGGGGCGGCUUCAGCAUGAACAUCUGGAGAGGUGUGAGAGAAGCGGGCGUGAAAUAAGGAGAAACCUAAAGGAAUCUACUUCAAGACGGGAGGAGGAGAGAGGAGCGGGCAUGGAGGGAUGCUGAGGGGCACAGCAGGUGAGGGCACUAGUGCUGCAGCCACAGGGCACCCCAGGGUGGGCACAGGUGCCUCCAUAGGGGAUGAGUAGCACCCAGGGGUGAGGGGCACCAGGGAGAAAAGUUCCCACACCUAUGCGGAGGGGCUGGCACACGUCUUCUGGAUGCGGAUUUGGGGUCCACCAGACAUCGCGGAGGAGCAGAGGAGCCUGACACCUGGAUGAAGCUUCUACCUUAGGCUGGAAGACCUGGGAACUGCGCUUAGCAUGGCUGGAGACAAAGCCCAGGAGCAGGAACCCUCAUCAUCCAAAGAUAGCAGCAGCAGAGCCCCGGAGCCUGAGGCGGAAGGUCUACCCUACCCCACCUUAGCUCCAGUGGUCUUCUUCUACCUGAGCCAGACCAGCCGACCCAGGAGCUGGUGUCUGAGGAUUGCCUGCAACCCCUGGUUCGAACGCUUCAGUAUGCUGGUCAUCCUCCUGAACUGUGUCACCUUGGGAAUGUUCCAUCCAUGUGAAGACGUCGCCUGCGAUUCCCAGCGCUGCAAAAUACUGCAGGGAUUUGACGACUUCAUUUUUGCAUUUUUUGCUGUGGAGAUGAUUAUCAAAAUGUUUGCUCUGGGAAUAUUUGGACAGAAAUGCUAUUUGGGAGACACCUGGAAUCGUUUAGAUUUUUUCAUAGUUAUCGCAGGGAUGCUUGAAUAUUCUUUGGAUCUUCAGAAUGUCAGCUUCUCAGCGGUGCGCACGGUCCGGGUUUUACGUCCACUGCGAGCCAUUAACCGGGUGCCGAGCAUGCGGAUUCUUGUUACCUUGCUGUUGGAUACCCUUCCGAUGUUGGGCAACGUCCUUCUGCUUUGCUUCUUUGUAUUCUUCAUUUUUGGCAUCGUUGGAGUACAGCUUUGGGCUGGUCUGCUUAGAAACCGCUGCUUCCUCCCUGAAAACUUCAGUCUUCCUGUCUCCCUGGAGUUAGAGCGGUACUAUCAGACUGAGAAUGAGGAUGAGAAUCCUUUUAUCUGCUCCCAAGCCAAAGAGAAUGGCAUGCGGUACUGUCGCAGUGUCCCUACACGCAGAGAAGAAGGACUUGAGUGUACACUGGACUAUAACUUUUAUAAUAACACCAGCAAUACUUCUUGUGUCAACUGGAAUCAGUAUUAUACAAACUGUUCUGCUGGGGAACAUAACCCUUUUAAAGGUGCUAUCAAUUUUGAUAAUAUUGGUUAUGCUUGGAUUGCAAUUUUUCAGGUGAUAACUCUAGAAGGUUGGGUGGACAUCAUGUAUUUUGUCAUGGAUGCCCACUCAUUUUACAACUUUAUCUACUUUAUUCUUCUAAUUAUAAUUGGAUCAUUUUUCAUGAUCAACCUUUGUCUAGUGGUCAUAGCUACUCAGUUUUCUGAAACUAAGCAGCGAGAGAGCCAACUUAUGAAGGAACAAAGAGUCCGUUUUCUUUCCAAUGCAAGCACAUUAGCCAGCUUCUCCGAGCCUGGCAGUUGUUACGAUGAGCUUCUCAAGUAUUUGGUGUAUGUGACUCGCAAGGCGAGUAGGCGGCUUGUCCAGCUCUACCGAGUAGCCGUCUUUAAACUUGGUUUCACGACUAGUCCCGCAGUGAAGAGCAACAAUGAAAAACCCAAUCGCAAGCAUAGGAGAAGAAAGUCUUCAGUGCACCAUCUAAUCCAUCACCAUCACCACCAUCAUCACCAUUAUCACCUGGGAAAUGGCAGCCUGAGAGCGCCACAGGCCAGCCCGGAGCUCAGCGAAGUGGAAACCAAUUCUCCUCAUAGCGGAACUAGGCUAAUGCUGUCGUUUUCCGGGGCUCAGGCCUCCCCCAUCGCUUCAGCCUCUAACACGCAGUCCAUUCACAGCAUUUACCAUGCCGAUUGCCAUCUCGAACCUGUGCAUUGCGUGCCCGUCUUUGCCCAGCCUGGUACAGUUGCGACAAAUACAGAGGUUCUCCCAAAAAGUAUUGUAGGAAAUAAAAACUAUCCUACCGUACACCCGAGCGUGCCACCAGAGAUCCAGCAACCAGAACAAGGGGAAGUUUCAGAAAGCCUUGUGAUGACGAGCGACCCUAACAUUUACACAAGGCCAAUGUACAGUUCGACGAACAGGCUACUGGAGACCCAGAGUACAGGUAUCUGCAAGGGAUCCUGUAAAAUCUCAGUCCAAGCCGCAAGUUCUGAGAUUGAAUCCUUAGAUCCUGAGAUAUGUUCUCACUGCAAAGAGCCCGAGCUUCCAGACAAUGAAGAAAUAGAGUCUGACAGUGAUGGAUGCUACGAGUUCACUCAAGAUACUCAGUGCAACGAGAAGAUUGAGCAGAAAAAGGGGAAGACAAUAGCCAAGAAUCCCACCAAGCUGAUGAAGGCGUGGAAAAUGGUGUGCGAGACGUUUAGAAAGAUCGUAGACAGCAAGUACUUUGGCCGUGGUAUAAUGAUCGCUAUCCUAAUAAACACUCUGAGCAUGGGGAUUGAAUAUCACGAACAGCCAGAGGAAUUGACUAACGCCUUGGAGAUCAGUAAUAUAGUCUUUACAAGUUUGUUCGCCCUGGAAAUGAUUCUGAAGCUUUUGGUUUAUGGUCCGUUUGGAUACAUCAAGAACCCAUAUAACAUAUUUGAUGGGAUCAUUGUCGUAAUCAGUGUCUGGGAAAUCAUUGGACAGCAGGGCGGUGGUCUCUCUGUACUGAGAACUUUCCGUCUCAUGAGAGUCCUGAAGUUAGUGCGUUUCAUGCCAGCAUUGCAGCGGCAGCUUGUCGUGUUAAUGAAGACAAUGGACAAUGUGGCCACGUUCUGCAUGCUUUUGAUGCUCUUUAUCUUCAUAUUCAGCAUUUUAGGAAUGCAUCUUUUUGGCUGCAAAUUUGCAUCAGAAAAGGAUGGAGACACGCUUCCAGAUAGGAAGAACUUUGACUCUCUACUUUGGGCCACAGUGACUGUAUUCCAGAUUUUAACACAGGAAGACUGGAAUAAAGUUCUUUACAAUGGCAUGGCCUCGACGUCUUCAUGGGCAGCGCUUUACUUUAUCGCACUGAUGACUUUUGGAAACUACGUCCUGUUCAACCUUUUGGUGGCUAUUCUUGUCGAAGGAUUUCAGACUGAGGAAGUCUCCAAAAGAGAAGAUAUGAGUGCACACCUAAGUUGCAUACACCUGCCUAUAGACUCACUUGUGGGUGGCGGCUCCCUGUCUGGUUCUGAAAGUGCUGCAGAUGAAUGUGGACUGCGCAAAAGCCUUUCCAAUGUGUCUUUUACUCCAUUACAUGGAUUACCGGAGGUGAAGACCAAUUUACAACCACCCCUCAUCAUUCAUACAGCUGCCACCCCUAUGCCUGUGCCAAAAAAUGCUCUGUUUGGAGAACUCUCACUGAGUUGCGACUCUAGGAGACAGAGCAGCGUUUCUGAUGGACCUCAUGGCAGUGAGAUCAAGUCUAUGCCCAGCGCUCGGAAUUCCACGCAUAGCUCCUGGGGCGCCGUGUGUAGCUGGAACAGCCGAAGGUCUAGUUGGAACAGCAUCGGCCGAGCCUCCAGCAUCAAGCGGCAAGUGCAGAGCGGGGAACAUAAGUCCUUGCUCUCCGCUGAUGGGAAGGAGAGCUCAGAGGGCGAGACGUCCGAUGAGGAGGUGUCCAUUCGUAAAGGCUCUUCUUGCAAUGUGAUGGACUUGGUGGGCAAAAGAGAAGCACUUGACACUUUGCACGUUCCUUACGCUUAUGCGUUGCAGAAUAAACCCAGCUUUCCUGUAGAUUAUCAGGGCUGCAAUGGGAAAACUGUGCUGCCUAAUGUGACACCUCAGCCUCAUCUCGAGGAUCCCAAACUUGAUUACAGCAAUAAUAUCGACGACGAUGCGAACAUGAGCAAGACUGAAAGAUUAAAAGCCUGGAUAACGGCGCAUCUCCCCGACUGGUGCAAGGAAAGAGAGACUUGGUCCCUUUACAUGUUCCCCCCUUAUUCCAAGUUCCGCCUAAUGUGCAAUAAAAUCAUCACCCACCGGAUGUUUGAUCACGUCGUAUUAGUCAUUAUAUUUCUGAACUGCAUUACUAUUGCAAUGGAAAGACCUAAAAUAGACCCUAAUAGUGCUGAAAGAAUAUUCCUAACGUUAUCCAACUACAUUUUUACUUUGAUUUUUUUGGCGGAAAUGACAGUAAAGGUGGUGGCCCUCAACUUGUGUUUUGGUGGCAAAGCUUAUCUGAGAAGUAGUUGGAAUGUUCUGGAUGGAAUGCUUGUCCUGAUUUCAUUAAUCGACAUUCUCGUGUCAAUGGUUUCUGAUAGCGGCACAAAGAUUCUGGGAAUGUUACGAGUAUUGAGACUUCUUCGGACUCUAAGACCUCUGCGGGUCAUAAGUCGAGCUCAAGGCCUUAAACUUGUGGUUGAAACCUUAAUGUCGUCCUUGAAACCCAUCGGAAACAUUGUGGUAAUCUGCUGCGCCUUCUUCAUCAUCUUUGGAAUCCUCGGUGUUCAGCUCUUCAAAGGAAAAUUUUUUUACUGCUUGGGAGAGGACACAAAAAAUAUCACAAAUAAAUCGGACUGUCUUCAUGCUAGAUACAAGUGGGCCCGCCAUAAAUACAACUUUGACAAUCUUGGUCAGGCAUUAAUGUCUUUGUUCGUCCUGGCGUCCAAAGAUGGAUGGGUUGACAUCAUGUAUGAUGGCCUGGAUGCAGUUGGGGUAGACCAGCAGCCAGUGAUGAACCACAACCCCUGGAUGCUCCUUUACUUCAUAUCCUUCCUGCUGAUUGUUGCAUUCUUUGUCCUGAAUAUGUUUGUGGGGGUGGUGGUGGAGAAUUUUCACAAAUGCCGACAGCAUCAAGAGGAAGAAGAGGCCAAAAGAAGAGAAGAGAAAAGACUGCGCAGGAUGGAGAAAAAGAGAAGGAGUAAGGAGAGAGAGAUGGCCGAAGCCCAGUGCAAGCCUUACUAUUCGGAGUACUCCCACGUGCGUCUUUUCAUACAUCAUAUGUGCACAAGUCACUACCUGGACCUUUUUAUUACUGGAGUUAUUGGGCUUAAUGUUGUCACUAUGGCCAUGGAGCACUACCAGCAACCAAAGGUAUUAGAUGAGGCUCUGAAGAUCUGCAACUACAUUUUCACCUUAAUUUUUGUCCUAGAAUCGGGAUGCAAAAUGAUUGCGUUUGGAUUCCGACGUUUUUUUAAGGACAGAUGGAAUCAAUUGGACUUAGCAAUUGUUCUUCUCUCAAUUAUGGGGAUUACAUUGGAAGAGAUCGAAGUGAAUGCAUCACUACCCAUUAACCCCACAAUUAUCCGCAUUAUGAGAGUUCUGAGAAUUGCGAGGGUUCUGAAGUUGCUGAAGAUGGCUGUUGGGAUGAGGGCAUUACUGGAUACGGUUCUACAAGCUCUUCCUCAGGUGGGGAAUCUAGGUCUCCUCUUUAUGCUGCUAUUCUUUAUCUUUGCUGCCUUGGGCGUUGAACUGUUUGGUGACUUGGAGUGCAAUGAUUCCCAUCCAUGUGAAGGUCUCGGGAGACACGCCACAUUUAGAAACUUUGGAAUGGCCUUUUUAACUCUGUUCCGUGUCUCUACUGGCGAUAAUUGGAAUGGGAUUAUGAAGGACACACUGCGCGACUGCAACGAGGAGUCCACCUGUUACAACACAGUCAUUUCUCCGCUCUACUUCGUCUCCUUCGUGCUGACGGCGCAGUUUGUCUUAGUCAAUGUGGUGAUUGCAGUUCUCAUGAAACACCUAGAAGAGAGCAACAAAGAAGCCAAAGAGGAGGCUGAACUGGAGGCCGAGAUGGAGUUAGAGUUUCAAAUUCAGAACAUUCAGAGCCCAGACAAUGAUAAUUUCCUGUGGGCCGGAAGAGACCUCGGCUACACUCCGGAUAGUCCUUAUGGAUACAUGAACUCUAUGAAAGACAAGGUUGACUCUCAAUCAAUAGUCCAUCCCAUGGAAAGACAUAUGUUUGAUACUAUAUCAUUACUAAUCCAGGGAUCUUUAGAGGGUGAGAUGAAGCUUAUGGACAAUCUUUCCGGUUCUGUAUGCCAUCAUUAUGCUUUGCCUCCAUAUGACAGAGGCUCAUCUGAAAAGCAGAUUCCUCUAGCGGAGAUGGAAGGACUGUCCAUGACUUCAGAUAUUAUGUCCGAAAAGUCCUGGUCCUUAGCCCUAACGGACGACUCACUGCCAGAUGACAUCGUGUUUAGCGUUCUCGAAUCAAAAAAUGAAUAUUCCCCAGUACAGAAGUCAUCGGCUGCUAAAGAAAGCAAUUUGUUAAGUGUGAAAAAGCCGCUGGUUUGCAGGACUCACUCAUUGCCAAACGACAGCUACAUGUUAAGGACAGAACACGGGUGUGCAGAGUGCCAAGUGAAAAGCAACGUCUAUUGCCAGAAGUCAGGUUCCAGCACUCAUGUUGACAGCAGCUGCCUUCUACAAGAAGCUGUGCUAAAUGAUGUCAAGUCUGAAUUAGUGAUACCAAAACUCACAGCCCCCCUGCGAUCACCAUCUACACAUAGAAUGCUACGAAGACAGAAGGCAGUCCAGAAUGAUUCAUUCGAUAUUUUCUUGGAUAACAAGGAGGGUGACCAAGGUGAAUCGGCAGAAAAUGUCAUAACAUUACCAGUUUGCCAACUGCCUACAAAUGUGCCAACCGUUCUCACGCCAACGAAACCCAAAAGAACUUUGUGCGAGCAGGAAAAACAAGGUGUUUACACGCAGCAUUGCCAUGAUACUGUUCACUGUCCAGGUGCUUCCCAGGCAAGUAGAAAGGCUUGCAAAGACUCAAGCGGAGCUCAAGAAAGGACACAUUUGUUGAACACAUCUCAAUGUAAAAAACAUUUCAGCCUAAAAACAUGCGAGACUCUAAGACUUUAUUCGGCAGCGUACUCCUUAAGCCAGAAAGUAAAACUGGAAAACAGCAACAAUGUAGUUUUAAGAGACAUGAAGAAGUUCUACAGCAUGGAUGCUCACGGUGCCCUUAAAAAAACCGCUUCAUGGCUUGAAGAUGCCAGAAGACAUUCUAUUGAAAUAUGUUCAAUGGAGAACACCCUGUCUCACUAUCCAGCUUCCCGUUCCUGUGGCUUCAUUAGCCAUAUACUCAAUGAAAGAGAAGACUUCCAAACAGUCCAUAAUACAAGCGGACAUAUCCCAUACUGCCCGGAGUGCAUGCCGUCCGGCGCGGCUCGAGGACAUUCAUGCUUAGAGGCAGAAGCUUUAAAAAGACAAUCGUACUCAUUAGAUUCAAAGGACCUCCCGAAAAUUGUUGACCCCUUAGUUCCAGAGAUGUCUAUAUCCUAAUUUCUAUUGAUAAUUUUUUUUCUAUCAGUUUAAUUGAAAAGAAAAAAAAAUGCCUAUUUUUGAUUGAGUGUGAACAUUUCUUACAAAAUGAUGAGCUGCUUCAGUGGGUAAAAGAGGAAAAACUUGAAGGUUGGCAGCUCUGGGGAAAUACUUGAACACAUGUUCUAUUUGGACAAAUAGCAAUACAGUUUCAAAAAGGAUUUUCACAUUUCUCUAGCUA